AUGCACAUCCCGCUCAGCAAGCUCGCGCUCCGCGCCCUGGCCUCAGCGCCCCUCUUCAGCCCUUGGAACAAGAGCGAAUGGGUAGCCUCCGACGACACCGUCCGCAACGGCACGAGUCAUUCGAUUCUGGAUAUCAUCGAGCCCGGCGCCCCCGGCAACCCCUUCACCUCCUCCGUCGCCAACUUCCACGGAAACCUGGACUACGCCACGCUGGGCGGCGCCGGCUUUGCCUCGCAGAGGACCGUGGACGACUGGCCGGCUCUCGACAUCUCGGCGUACGACACCAUCACGCUGGAGAUCCCCUACUCGGACGGCAAGAAGUACACGUUCAACCUGAAGGACACGGUGCCGCCGCCCGUCAACGGCGUCGAGCAAUCCGGGGUGAGCUGGGAGUUCGAUUUCCAGAUUCCGGCGGUGAAUCACACGUCCGGCGAGGUCGAGAAGGUCGUGAUGCCGAUCGCGGAGUUUGUGCCGACUUUCCGCGGGAGGGUGCAGAAUGAUACGGCGCCGUUGGACUUGAAGAGCAUCAAGAGAGUCAACUUCAUGAUUAGAAGCUUCUUUGCUGAACAAGACGGGGAUUUCGAAUUGCAUAUCAAAUCGGUCAUUGCGUCAGCGCAGAGCACGCAAGAGCUGAGGUCUAGUUGA